AAACCACAUUCAUGCACCCUAUAUGGCCAGACCUAGAGUAAAACUAAUCCGCUUCCUUAGCUAUUAUAAGGGAAACCUCAAACUUUAAAACCACAUCAGCAACUGGCAGACGACCAUGGAGUAUCAGAAUAUUUCUAACAGCUCUCUGUUUGCCCGUAACACACUGGAUGAGCUAAUAUCCAGCACUGUUCUUGGAUUGUGCUGUGCGCUGGGUGUACCGGGUAAUAUAGCAGCGCUGGUCAUGCUCGCCCAACAUAUUAAGGAGGACAGUUUCACCCCAAAACUGAUGCUGAGUCUGGCUGUCUCGGAUCUGUUGAGUCUGAUAUUUCUGCCUGUGUGGAUUUAUGCCAUCCUGAACGGCUGGGUUUUUGGCCAAGGUCUGUGUAAGUUAUUUUCCUAUGUAGUGUACUGGAGCCUCUACAGUAGUGUGCUUUCUGUCACUUUGUUGAGUGUGCAAAGGUACCUGCAGGUGCUGUAUCCACAGCGAUGGGCGAAGCUCGGGCAGAAGGGUCAAAAGGGGCUGAUUUUUGGAAUAUGGACAUUAAGUGGAGCUUUAGGUUCUUAUGCUCUUUAUUAUCGAAACGUGAAGAAGAUCGGGCUUCAAACAUGUCAGCAGGAUUAUACGAAUAAACAAGAAGAACUAGUUGUCUUACUUGUCGAGACUCUAGUGAUGUUUGUUGUGCCUCUCUUCAGCCUGUUGUACUUCUACCUUCGACUUCACCAACGGAUAAGUCAGUCGGUUUCCUUCAGAAGCCACAGGCUGACAAAACUGUCUGUCAGAAUCGUAGUGGUCUUCUUCAUAUUUGGGACCCCCGCUAUGAUCAACAACUUGGUCUUAAUGGCAAUGCCAUGGGAAUCAGAUGUCGACAACAAUGUAACCGGCGCUCUUUUCUUUAUCAACAGUUGUGUGAACCCCUUUCUUUAUGCCUUCUCAGCUCGAACGCUGCGAUGCAGAAGAAAACAGCAUUCAGAUCAGCCACAAGAAAAUCUGAAUGAAAGUUAAAAAUGUGCACUUCCUUUAGUCCUCUGACUAAAAGUGCAUGUCUGCUGGCAUUUUGUGUUUCUAUUAUUAGUGUUCUUAUGUGUUCUUUUUUUUAUCUUACUGUUUCUGAAGGGAAGUGCACACAAAGCUUUUCAUCAUACUUUGUCUCCUCAAAUUGAAAAUACUUCAUUCCUUCACAUUAACAGUAUAUUGGGCACUACUUUUUACAGGUUUUUCUUACAGUUUAAUUGUGUACUAAUCUAGCUUAUACUUUGAAUUUGACAUUGUGUAUAAAUAUCGGCUCUUAUAACAAAUUGCUUGAGAUUUUCCUCAUUUUAAGUCACUUUGUAAAAAAGCAUUUAUUAAAUUAAUGUAAGCUAAAUGCCCUCCAUAAGUUAAAAUAUAUUUUUCUAUAGCAGGACACGCACAAAAAAAAAAAAAAAAAAAAAAAAAAACACAUUAGUAUACAUUCAGACAAAAGUAGUGUAAUAAAGAUUUAUUUUAACUAGAACUGAAAUUCUAUAUUUAUUCUUGUUAUGUUGGGGUCAGUCGUUUUAUUUAUUGUUUAUUGGAAAGUUGCUACAGUACCCAUCUAAUUUUACACAUUUUAUUAUUUACAACAGACUAUCUGCUGGUCAUAAAAAUGGUUUGAUACUUCCUUAUUUUUUACACUGCUUUACUGUUUAAAUUCUGCUGAAACACAUGUAAUGGCUUCCUGUGACAACAUGCCCCACUAUUGAGUAACCCUAGAGUCAGUUCUCAUCACCCAGCUUAAUUUCAGAAGGGAGUGACGGUGGUCAUUAUGCCUUCUUGAAAAUAAAAUUUCAUAAUCGCAUUCCAUUUACAAAGUUGCAUUAUUUAGACAAAACAUAUGUUCCAGUUACUAAAGAAUAUUCACAUGUAAAAUAUGGACCAUUUAUUUCUAUACAAAAAAAUAAAUAAAUAAAUACAUAAAGGUGAGUAAAUGA